AUGAGCAACAGCAAUCAAUUAACGGACUCGAGCCCAGUUCCUCCAGACACCACAUCAGUCGCUCCCGGACUCAGCUCGGUCCAACCGCCAAACAAAGUUCGUCGGUUUCUGAGCAAGGUCAAGGAUGGUGUCACGAAGCAUAUUCCUGUAAGUCGAGCAACCGAGUUGUAUUGGGAUCUGGCUGAGAUCAUAAACAAGCGCUCGAAGAAUUUGCGCACCCGCGACCCCGUUCAGGAUACUUCUGCUGUUGUACAACAGGGCGCCGAUUCCCAAUCUGUGAACAAGGCACUUCAGGAUGCCGGUCACGGUGCAGAUCAGAUGAACCAAAUUUGGGGACAUGCGAGACCCGUAUUGUCCGCAGGCGAAAAUGGACCAGCGGCACUCGAUGAUGUAGACAGUAUAGAGACCACUUAUCUUCAACCCCUCAGGACAUUCGACACCGUGAUCGGGACGAUAGCAGGGGUAUGUUCUCUCUCUUCCUCUUUAGAACUAGACUAA